AUGGAUCCCAAUGAAAUGCCUGCUGUGCCCUGCUGCCCCUCCGACUCCCCCACUGGCCUUGAGACCAGAGCCCCAUGGGGGAUCGAACUUGGCCCCAAAAGGACUGUAAGUUGCUGUGCCCGCUGCUACAACCAUGGCCUCAAUGACCAAACCAAGGACCAGGAGCACUCCUGCCCCUUCCAGGCUUGUGAAUGUCACAAGUGUGCCUUCUUCUCGGAUCCCUGCAGAGUCUUGCCUGCUGAGAGUGCCUUGAAGAGGGAGCAGGGGGCAUGCCUAAAGAGGCACCUGACUCAAGGACUGAUAACGAGUGGGGCCUCCCCUCCCAAAGCUCACAGCCAUGUCCAGAAGUUGACCAUUCAAGAAGAAGUCGCGAGCACCCAAGGAGGUCUGCUGAUUGGUCAGGCCCCAAAAUCUUUGUCUCUAUCUUGGACUCCAGCAGCCUUGAAGAUGCAACUCACAACUUCUCUUUCCAGGAAGACCCACAGGACCCCUGCCCUGUCCAGCAUAUGCUCAACUCUGGUCCUCCAGCCGUGUGCCACCCUUGACCCUGUCCUCAUUCCAUUGCAGGGUCCUGAGGCUUCUGACCAGGACUCAGUUUCUGCCUCCUCAGAGUGGCAGCGGAAGCUGGAAGCCGCUGAGGCUCUGCUGAUGCUGAGAAACUCUUCUCAGACAUCUUCUGGCUCCAUCUCCCUGCUCCAGCCCUGCGUGGCAGCAGCUCCUGCUGGAGAUGAAGGACCCCAGCCUUCUAGCUCCUCUCUCCGACCCAGGCCAGCCAGCUCCGUUUCUCUGCCUAUUGGACAUCUGGGGUUUAUCUCCCUCUUGAGCUAG